UUCAGCAUUCCAGUCAUCAUCAUCCAUUGCAUGUACUUGAUAAUAUCGACACAAUUCAAUAUUGCUUUGGAUGUCAAUAAAAAAUAUGCUCAAUGGAUGAUGUUUAUGGUUGUACCGAAUGCAAUUAUUUCCUUCAUAAAUCAUGUGCAGAGUCUCCCAAAGAAAUUCAAUAUCCUUUCCAUUGGGACCAUGCUCCUCUUUCUCUUCACUUUCAAUACUUUUGGUUUGGUCAAUGUGCACUAUGUAAGGAAACUUUGAAAAAUUGUUUCACUUACAAAUGUGGUGAGUGUACUUUUCGACUGUGUUUGAAAUGCAGUGCAAUCAAAAUGAGAGGAAGUAUUAAGUUUGAAAAUCACGAGCACUCUCUUUGUUACAUGGAUAACAUGAUACCCAUGGAUAAUCAUUGUAGCAUCCAAGGUUGCUAUGGUAAGGGACUAUCUACUUCUCAUUGCAAAGAACUUUCUUACACUUCUUCUUGUGCAACAUUUUGCUUGGAAUGCAACUUCAGAAUGCACUUACUCUGUGGACCAUUGCCACUCAUGAUCAAAGAUGAGUCCCACAUUCAUCCUCUUAUUUUGGUUGAUUCGGUGGUUGAGGACAGUUAUGAAGACUUCUAUUGUGAUAUUUGUGAAAAUGAACGAGAUCCUCGAAUACGUGUUUAUUAUUGUCAGCCCUGCAAAUUUGUUGGACAUGUACAUUGUCUCAAAUCUAAGAUCAUAAAAAUACUAACAGGAGAGCUUCAAAAUGUGGAGUUAAAGAAUAUUGGAGAUGAUAUUUGGAAAUUGAAUAAGCAAAAAAGAUAUGACAAUCAUUCUACAGCCAUAGCCAUGAUCAUGAACCAAACUUCUUUAACUCUUAACGAUAUAAUAAAUGGACUGUCAGAAAAUGUUCGAAGUAAAUUGAGGGUCUUUUACAAAUGGGAAGACAAUUCAUUUGAGUUCAAGGGACAAUCUGAAAAUAAGCGUGGUGGAGAAGAUAUUGAUUGGAUUAUACAACUUUCUCACUUCACCAAUAAGGAUUUUCAAGAAUUUUGUAAUGAGCUUGACGAAUUCUUUAAGGCAAACACAAUAGAAUUGAAAGCUAAUGAUUUAGGAGUGAAGAUUGUAAGUAUGGGAGAUUAUAAGAUACCUUUUACUUUAGUACCUAUUUUCAACAAAUUACUUGAUCAGUAUGGAGAUGUUGGAAUCACUGAAAAUAAUUGGCGAUGGAAGUGCGUUGUUUAUUCUGUUUUAUGUGAGGUCAUAAAGGAAAUGUGCUCUACUAUGGUGGCAGACAUCACCAAACAUCAUCUUCAACAAUGGUAUUUCCACUUGAGAUUCGUGAGCUCUCAGGACUUUAACAUUUAUUUCGUGGUUGCUCAUCUAGAGAAAUUCAUACAAACUUUCUUAGGCCUCCAAACAAAAAGACUUGAAACAGAAAUCCCUACAAAAGUAAGGGAGAAGGUAGCAGAGCUAAAGCAAGAGAUAGAAAAGGAAAAGUCAAAACUGAAGAAAUGUGAAGAGUAUAAUGAUAAGUCAUUGCCAAAGUCUGAGUUGAUGAAGGAUUGUUUGAAUAAGGCCUCUGCAAUGAAGUUCAAGAAUGCAUGUGAAGGUUUGAUCGCUACAGAUAAUGAUCGUCAACUCCUUCAUUUCUUGGAAGAGUUUUUUAUUAAUUAAGCCAAUGGUAUACAUAGUGAUAUUUACUGUUUCUCUCUUUUCAUUUUUUGGAAUUGGUAGU